UGCAUCUUUAAUGCAUGCAUUCUUUGUCCGCAUGAACAGCAUACUCAGCCCGCCUUUCAAAGAGGAGGAGGAGAUUGAAUCUUUUUGGUGAUGAAGCCCUCUCUCUCUUUCCUCCUCUUUUGGGGUGAGAUGCGAUCCAUUUCUAGAUGCGAUUCAAUUUUGAAGUGGGCCCUGUCAAAAGAUAGAACCAAACAAUACACAUACACACACCAACUCCACCGCAACUGCAGCCAAGCCGUAUAGCCAAGCCAACGAUUUCUAACUGCGAUCUUUCAUUCAAACCAUCAUUGUCAUCGUUCAAAUGCUGAUGAAUGCUUAUAAUAUUGCAAUUCAAUCACAGUAGUAUAAAGAGCCAACCUUCUUUACUCAACAAACCAACUCUCCACUAUCAACCAUGGCGCCUCCUAGUGAAUUGAUAGCGAGAGGCAUCGCUGGCCCUUCAGUCGUUCGAUCCGAUAUUCAAUACUCACAUAAUUUAUUUCAAAAACGUCAAACGGAUAAAUGGUCCAUAGAAGAUCAAAUUUCUUUAUCAAAAGUGGCAAACGAGUCAGGUCAAUUUAAUGGAACAUGUACCCUUGCACAAGAAUCCGGUUUACCUCCGGUGACCGAUGCAGGAGAAUGUGCAUCAUAUUACGCCGAUGUGACUGUUUAUUGUUGCGGUGCAGUAGGUGGAAUGAUUUUAGAUCUUUCACAGCCAUCCCAAUCAGAUCCAUCUGGAGGGGGUCAAAAUACUACCAGCUCAAAUUCAACUUCUACCGCUAAUAGCACAUCAAACGGUGAUGCUUCUCAAUUGAGCGAACCGGCUUGUCGAACGAACAAUUUUAACAAUAUGCUCUUGUGUUAUAAAUACACAGCCGAAGAACAUUGUCGAUCGGCUGUGACGGGACCUUGGGGUGUUUGCAAUACGAGCGGAGCGACAAUUAGCGCCGAACAACAAGGCACGCAGACACAAGCAAAUGGCGCACUUUCUGCUGCCAAUCGAGCAAGUAAGAUGAUCGUUGCAGGAAUCGUGCUCUCCUCUGCCCUCUUGCUCGUUGCUGGAGAGACGCUAUAGCAAAGUCAUGUAGCGAAUCGCACCCAACAUGCACUUUUUUCGACCUUUCACAAAGUGGUUAGCAUAGGAUGGAUCUCUCAUUACCUGUCCUGCUUGCUGAAGCACAUGGGGUGAGCAUCCGAGGGAUCUCUCAAGCUCGACCAUUUGAGAAUGAGCAGAUUGUGUUCGAUCCAUCGAGCUCAACAAUUUGCUUGCCUCUCUGUCUUUUCGGAUUACCAAAAACCACGCCUUACUUUAAGGAUGACAGUCGGGAUGGAGCUUUUAUUGCAUCAAUUCAGCAACAUUUGCCAAUGAGCAUCGAUUCCCGCCAGACAUUCCACCAUCGCUCUAAUUUCAUCCAAAGAUCCAUUUAUACCCUGUAACGUAUCCCUUAACGAUUCACUGUACACAUAUUCAACAAUGCAUUUUUGCUGCCAUUUCAUCAUUAUCGA